GUGAGGCAGGGUUUUUGCUUAGCGGCUAGAGAGAUACAUGAAUGUACUUCAUGACAAUUAAGCAUCAAAAGCUCACCGAAUCAGUGCCUAUCUGCGCGAAUAAUCAUCUCAAGUUCUCGGGGAUGUCAAGCCUAGGCCUUCACAAUCAUAUGAUUGCCCCACGCUGGGUUACACACACCGCCGAGAACCAGUCUCACGAUAUGGAGAAACGAGCCAGUCUCUCGCAGAUGCGACGAGGUCCAAAAGUUUCUGCAUAAUAUCCCUCCUCACACCAAGCUUUGCCGUUUUCCUUCUUGACUUCAAGAUUCUCAUCUUAGCUCUCAGUCUACCCCUCCCUCCAAAUCAAUCACAACAAGCGAUCCCCAGCCGGCAACAAAGCCGUGAGAGCUACGCACACACUCCCUCAUCAUGAAGCUCGCCCUCGCCCUCAGCUAUGCUUUCACUCUAGUUGCAGCGCAUCCCUAUCCUUCGCUCCAGUGGGAUCCAGCCACCAUCUCUACUUGUGCUGAGUGGUGGGAUAAUGGUGGCCCAGAAACUUGCGAGUACAUACGCGAUUUAGUCGGCGCCACCCCAGAGGAAUUUCACACAUGGAACCCAUCUGUCGGCUUAGACUGCAAGCCGUGGCACAUCAGCCAGUCCUACUGCAUCUUGACCAAGGAGAAGCUCAUCACUUCUACCAAGACCACUGUUUCGGCAACAACAACAACCAAGACUACCUCGUCUACACACGUGCCAUCCCCGACGGCGUGGAACGGGUUGGGCUGUUACACCGACGAGGACGCUACUUUCCCUGUGCUAGAGAUUGAGGCAAUCAAGGCCGACUCUACUCUCACCAUCAACAAAUGCGAGGAUACGUGCUGGAAAGCUUCCAAUCGCACCGUGCUCUUCGCUGGCGUGAAGCAGGGUAACCAAUGCUGGUGUGGUAGCUUCGUUGGCGGACAGACUGCUAGGAACAGUACCGAUUGCAACACCCCGUGUGCUGGGGAUAAGGCGGCCAUCUGUGGCGGUAAGAACAGAAUCAACGUCUUUGAGCCGGUAACUACUAAGGGGGAUCCUAUUACCACUAGCAAGACCACUUCUACCAGAAAGACUACAUCGAGUACCAAGACCACUUCUGUAUUGACUUCAACGAAAACUUCCGGUGCUACUAAGGUAGUAUGGAUGUUGAUGUAACAUCAUUAGUUAGAAAAAUAUUUCAGCAUUCGGAGGUUUCUGCAAAAUAGAUAGUACUUGUUGUGUAUCAAACCUCAUCUUAAACCUAAGUUGUCUCGAACGUCGAAAACGACGCCGUUAGACGUUCGAGCGGUCUAAUGAUUAUUAUAUAGCCCCACCUGCGUUCAACAAGUUGUGUAGCA